AUGUACAGUCAGAACACAGCAGGAAAUGAAGAAAAUUCGAGUCAAUAUAAACAUGCAAUCCACCAUCGUGAGAGUAAGACAGAAAUACAAACAGUCCUCACAGCAGGACUUGGCUACUGCAAUUAUGAGAAAAGAUCAGCAAACAGAGACUGUAACUCAGACCCUCUGGAAGCAGCCAGCUCUGUCAGAAGUAUUAGUCCUAUUAAACCAAAGUCUACUCUCCUGAAACUUCCAGUCAAUACGGAGCAAAUUCACCAUGGACCACUGAAAGACUUGUCAUAUGUUGUCUGCCAACCCAUCAUCCACCAACUAGUUCUAAACCAAAUAGCCCUCAGCCAACCAGACACGAAUCAACUGGGUAUGAAUCAAUCAAGCUUACCAGACAUGAACCAGCCAGGCACGAUCUUACAUGGCUGUAGGGUCAUAGUUCCUCUUGCUUCUGUUGUCUGCCCUCUGGAAUUGGCUGCCUGUGAAAACAUGCUAGAUGCAAUGAAGUUAACAGCAAAGGAUGUACUCAGGGGUGGCUUUGGGGAUCAUCCCCUUUUCUACUGCUUGAUUGCAGAAGUACACAAUCAUCAAAAACCAUUAGGCAAAGUGACUGUUGGAUUUGCCAUGUACUACUUUACAUAUGACCCCUGGAUUGGCAAGUUACUUUACCUAGAGGACUUUUAUGUCAUACAAGCUUACCGAGGUCUAGGUAUUGGAGCUGAAAUGCUGAAGAGGCUAGGUCAGAUAGCCGUCAGAAGCCAGUGUAACUGCAUGAAGUUUCUGGUUGUCAUUUGGAACCAGGCUUCUACUGACUACUAUACUCGUCGAGGGGCUUUAGACCUUUCCUCCGAGGAGGGCAGGCAUCUGUUCAGGUUUAACAGAGAAGAACUAAUGGACAUGGCAGGGGAAGAGUUAAAGAUGACUCAUCACAAAUUGUCCCAAUACAGGCUCCAAUAUUUAAAUGUCACCUGA